AUGCUGUCCGCUCUGGAGGCCAAGACCCAGCUGCUGUCUAGCUUUCACCCCCAGACCGCCGGCCAGACUGAGCGGACGAGCCAGGAGUCGGCAAAGACACUGCGCUGCCUGGUGGAGAAAUCCCUGCCCUCCUGGGAGGCCUCGCUCCCCUGGGAUUCUCAGCCCCCUGGUGUGUCUGAGGAGCUUGGUGCCGCAGCAUGUCUGAGGGCUCUGGCUCCAGUGUUGCCCACAGUCCUCAUCGGCGAUGGAAAUGUAACUUCACCUUUCCCGCAGCGGACAUCAAGGGCACUGUGUGCCUGCCGCCAGUGCAUCUCUGUUGAGGAUGAAGACCCCUGGUUCAGGAAGCGCUUUAACACGUCCAUAUCGCCGCUCUUGUCACAGAAGAACGCCAUGCUGUCUGACGACACCUUUCAAUGGUGGCAGAGGCUACAGACUAAGAAAAAUGCCAACUACAGUGCUUUGGUGCAGAAACUAUUCAAGGUUGUCCCUGGGGAGGGACAUUACAACGACUCAGGGCCCAAUCGCUGCAGGACUUGCGCUGUAGUCGGGAAUUCUGGGAACCUCAAGGGAUCUGAUUACGGAGCCCUCAUUGACUCCAAUGACUUCGUCAUAAGAAUGAACAAAGCUCCCAUUUUGGGCUAUGAAAAGGACGUAGGGAACAGAACCACCCAUCGUGUCAUGUACCCAGAAAGUGCCACAAACCUGCAAAAGGACACGAGUCUGCUGCUGAUACCAUUCAAGACUUUGGAUCUGGAGUGGAUUACUAGUGCUCUGACCACAGGCACUGUGAAACGCACCCGGAUGCCGGUGAUGGCCAAGAUUAAUGCAGACAAGAAUAAGGUGUUAAUAUACAACCCCACGUUCUUAAAGUACGUCUAUGAUGUGUGGCUUGAACGCCAUGGGCAAUAUCCCUCCACCGGCUUCUUAACCUUGAUGUUCGCCAUCCACGUAUGUGAUGAGGUGAAUGUUUUUGGAUUUGGAGCAUCCAAGGACAGAACCUGGCAGCAUUACUGGGAGACAAGGAAAUUUCUCCAGUCAAAGCCAACCGGAGGGCAUGCUGGAGACUAUGAGUCCAUCACCAUGAAGCUGCUGGCCUGUAAAAAUAAAAUGAAGUUGUUUGAAGGGAGAUGA